AUGGCCCUGCUCUACAUGAAAGAUCCCGUUCCCGCGGCGGACCUGGAGGCGUGGAUCAAACCUGAAAGCAAGAAAGAACGAGACUAUGCGCUUUCGAUCCUGGGACGGCUACAUAUCCUUUCCAAUACAAUGACCUCCGAUCAGGUCCGCGCGUACAUGGUGACCAAUCCGUUCGCCUCGUCGCUGCGUCAGGCUCUCACCGGAGGCGAGGACAACUACUCGUUUGGAGAGCCCUGUCUGACGCCAGACCCAAAUCCCGUCUCGGUCGCCGAUCUCGAUGAGUACGCAAGACGACAGUGGGAGGGUGUGCUGGGGUAUAUGGUUGGGACCAGCAGCAUUGGCGUCCAACAGCCCGUCAGCCUCAGCAAGGGCGUCAAACAGCUGCUGCAGGCCGGCCAUCUGGUUGAAAUCCACGACCGCCAAGUCAACAUCACCCAAGACGGGUUCGCUUUCGUGCUGCAGGACGUCAACACCCAGGUCUGGCAGAUUCUCAUCCUGUAUGUCGAAAGCGCCGAAGCGAUCGGCAUGGACAGUGUGGAAGUGCUGUCGUUCAUCUUUCUGCUGAGCAGUCUCGAACUGGGCCAGUCGUAUGAGAAGCGACACCUGACGCCGACCCAGCUGCGCACGCUGACCGAUCUGACCGACUUUGGGAUUGUCUACCAGCACUCUCCCAUUUCCGAAGCGACACGCUUCUAUCCGACUCGACUGGCAACGACGCUCACGUCUGAUUCGAGCGCACUCAGCAAUACUUUGACCAGCACGCUCUCUGCCCAAUCGAGUGCAUCCACCGAGCCGGGGUCGGGGUUCAUCAUCGUGGAGACCAACUACCGCUUGUACGCGUACACGUCGUCGCCCCUGCAGAUUUCUCUCAUCGCACUGUUCACCACGCUGAAAUACCGCUUCCCGAACUUGAUCACGGGGAAAAUCACGCGGCAGUCGAUCCGCCGCGCCAUCGAGAUGGGCAUCACGGCCGACCAGAUCAUCUCGUACCUGUCGACGCACGCCCAUCCGCAGAUGCGCAAGUACAACGCGAGCAAGUCGACCUCGAACAUGACGGGCAUGCCGCCCUCGGUCCUCCCACCGACGGUGGUCGACCAGAUCCGGCUGUGGCAGCUGGAGCGGGACCGGAUCAAGGCGACGCCGGGAUUCCUGUUCAAGGAUUUCGUCAGCCUGGCCGAGUACGAGGCGCCGUGCCGGUAUGCAGAGGAGAUUGGCGUGCUGGUCUGGAAGUCGGACCGCAAGAGGAUGUUUUUCGUCACGAGGCAUGAGCAGAUCGCGGCGUUUUUAAAGAGCAGGAAGUGA